CAGGGGCGGCCCCGCGCUCCAUUGGCGGGCUGUGGCCAAUAGCGCUGCCGGGGCGGGGCCGGGCCGUGCCGGGCAGGGAUGGCGCGGACCAAGGUGGAUCAGCGUGGUCGUGCCUUCCGCAAGGUGUUGGUCGCCCGCGCUCCCCGCAAGGCGCUGGGCUCCGGCAGCAGCGGCAGCAUCAGCGCGGGGCCGGCAGUGCCCGGCCGGAGAGGUGAGCGCCGCCCCGUGGGGCUGAACCGGGUGUGUGUGAGGCCGGUGCCCGCCUGGCAGAGGGGCAUCAGCGACUUCCUGCAGCUGCCAUCCAAGGAGAGCCGGGCAUCCGACGGAGACACGCCCGGGACCAGCGGCCUGGAAGCUCGGCCCCUGCCACUGGAUCCUGCCGAAGAGAGAGAGUGCUUGGAGGAAGAGUAGAUGUGACCUGACCUCGAUUCUCAUGUUAAAGUGCUCCUCCUACUCCACCUGGGUUUUGUACAUUUGCAUAGCUCUUUACUUUUUUUUAUUACUUCCUUUUGACUUUUGUACAAGCCUAAAAGUCUGAGAGAUGGCACAAACACUGGAGAAAUUAAUUAGUUUUUACUGUUUGGCACUUAAUGUUCAUUGUAAAGCACUGGUUUAAUUUUUAUCUUGGUUUGCUUGAGUUCCCCCUGCUUUUGUCUUUCAUCUUCUGCCUGCCUUGUGUUUGUGCAAGACUUGCAUGAUCAUGGUUGUUCCGUUACUGCAAAGCAGAUCCUCGUUUUUAAUAAACUGAAACCAUCUGAGCACACACCUGUGCUGUGUCUUUACUGCAGUAAAAGCUGUUAAUGAAGAUUUCUUUGUCCAAAAUUAAGAAACUGGAUUUGGAAAGACACUGGAGAGGUGGGUGGGCAGCUGAAAUUUGCUCUGAUUAGAGGUGAAGUUUAAUUAAAACAAACUGGUUGUUCCAAAGAAUCAGAACUCUGAAAGCUGAGGCGGCAAUAAAUGGCUAAAACUAAAUAAAUCUUGUUAUUGUGGAUGUUUUAA